AUGGCAACCGACACAAUCCCCAUAACUGGGCUCGACGAGCUCACAGCCCACCUCGACGACCUCGUCGCCUCCCCCGAAACCCCCCUCCAACCAAAGAUCGUCGACGACAUUGAGCUCCAACUCACAGAAUCAAACAUCCCGCCCCUCCUUCCAACCCUCCUCCCAAAACUCACAACAAUCCUCAAAACAACCCCCCACGACCCCGCCCCCAUCGUCUCCCUCACAAUAAAACUCCUCUCCCCCGUCCCCUUCACCCAAACCCUCCAGCUCGCCGACGAAUCCUCCCUCAUCUCCGCCCUGCGCUCCCCCGCCCCCUCCGCCAACCUCCUCGCCCUCGCCAUCCUCGAAAAGGCCGCCGCCACCCCCUCCGACGCCGCCAUCCUCUCCCUCAUGCCCAAAGUCGUCCUCGAGCUCCUCCGCCGCUGGCUCUCCUCCCCGCACGUCGAGGUCGGCGAGAAGGCCUCCCGCGUCAUCGGCGACCUCCUCGAGACAGACUGCGAACUGCCCCCGCCCGCCGCCCUCCCGAGCCUCGCAGGCACCGACCUCGUCCGCCGCCGCGCGCCAGGCCAGGGCCGCAUGUGGCGCCGCCUCUUCCACGACCGCGAGCCCCUCGGCCUCGUGCUCGCCCUCGCUCGCGGCGAAGACCCCUCUGAAGACGUGAAGCUGUCCGAGCACCAGCUGUCCCUCGCCCAGGGCCGCAUCCUGCGCGUCCUCCCGCGGCUCGCGAGCCUGAACAUCGUCGAGGUCGGCACGUCGCAGUUCCCCGAGCUGACGGGGUCCAACGACGUCGGGCUGCUGCAGCUCGCGGCGCUGAAGAUGGUUGAUAUGGAGGAUACGCUGAUGCACCUGAGCCUGAUCGACUUCUUCGAGACGCUGGUGAGUGUUAUGAGGGUGGCGGAGCAGUCGCACCGGACACUGGGGAUCCUGCGGGACCUGGUGAGGGAGGCGAGUAAGGACGAUCAGAUGCUGAAGGAGGCGUUGAGGAGUCUGCCGGAUCGGACUGUGCCUGAGGAGUCGGAGCAGUUGAGGACGUUUAUUCGGGACAUCAUGUCUGCACGCGGCUGA